UCGUACCGCAUGUGAUUCACAGCUGCUGGCAAUAGGGUACGAAUAAACGAGUUGUAAGGUUGUAGGGUUAUAUAUUGAAUAUCUCGUAUAUAAAAUAAGAUAUAUAAUAAAAAUAAUAAGUCAAGAAUUGCAUUUAAUUAAAAUAAAGUUUAUGAUUUAUUAAUAAUUAAUUAUCGUUGGUGUGUUGUGUUGAUUUUAUAUAUUAAAAAAAGAAGGAAAAAGAUGGCUAUAAAGAAAGCACGUGGGAAAAAAAAAUGUAAACCGGAUUCAUCUAAAAAUGAUGAGAAACAUAAACAAGAAAAGAAAAUAAAAGUUAAGAACAAGAAAGCAUUGAUUAUUCAGCAAGAAAUUAAAUUUGUACGAUUACUAUCGUGCAAUGAUAAAAGAAUAAGGGACAAAGUUUUGAAAAGUUUGAAGAAGUGGUUAAUAGUACGUUCUAAAAGUUCAUUUGAAUUUAUAGAAGAAGAUUUCAUGAGAUUAUGGAAAGGUUUGUUUUACUGUAUGUGGAUGGCGGACAAACCUUUAAAUCAAGAAGAGUUAGCUGAAUCUCUUAGUAAAAUUAUACAUUGUUUCGAUUCUAUGCCAUUAGUAUUAUUAUAUAUCAAAAGUACUUUAAAAACUUUAGCGAUUGAAUGGUUUGGCAUAGACCAAUAUAGAUUGGAUAAAUUUGCUAUGUUAGUUAGAAGAAUAUUACGACAAACUUUUAAAAUAUGUCACGACAAGAAUUGGGACAUGGAAUGGGUAGAAGGUUUAAUGAAAAUAUUGCAAGAGAUCUUAAUAGAACCAAAAUAUUGUUUAGGUUUUAAAAUGCAUGUAACUGAAUUAUAUUGGGAAGAAAUAGCAAAGGUCAGCAAUGGAAACAUACCAGAAGAUGUUGUUACAAGACUUGUCGAACCAUUUAUUGCAUACUUGGCAGUAAUGGGAGAUGAAAAACUAAUAAGGCACGUAAUGAAACAUAUUUUUAGAUAUCUUAUCUUUCAAUCCGAUGUUGGAAUGGAUUACAAAGAAAAAUUUGAAGCUUGGAGAAAAGCUGGGUUCCCUUGUAAAAGUAUUGACGAUAUGCAAAAAAUAGAAGAAUCUGAUGAAGAAAGUGAGGAAGAUACAAAAGUAAUUUCUGAAAAAGAAUCAACAGAGAAUACAGUAAAAGUUUUAGAUCCAAGAGCUGGUAGAGUUGAUGUAGAGUUGCCACAAAUAAAUUUUAAUGCUAAGAAUAUAUCGGAAGUAAUUAAAUUAUACAAAUUUCAUCCUUCAUCAACAACAAAAUCACGAAGACAAAUUGCACGUCUUAUAGAUGAAUUUACAGAAGUUUCGGAAGGUAAAAUGCCUCUUGGUGUGCAGGAAGUAGAAACCAUUCGCAAAUUUAGUUCCAAAACAGAUCCAAAGAAAGCUGCGUUACGCUUACUGAAAUUUAACGAAGAGUUGUAUUCUGAUAGUAACGAAAAUAAACGAAAGAGAAAAAGAAAUGGAUCAGAUGAAAGUUUCAUCAAUGAAUUAGAAGAAAUUAAUACAGACAAGAAUAUUACAUUAGAAAGGAAUAAUAAAAAAUUAAAUAAGAGGAAAAAAUUAAAUCAAGAUUUAAAAAAUAAUUUAGACGAACCAAAUCAAACUAUAGAAGAAUCAUGUUCGAAAGAUUUGAAGAUUAAUAACAAGAAUAAACAAAAGAGACGAGGAGAUCAACUUGAAAAUGAAACUGUAAAAAGUAAGAAAAAUGAGAUGACUAUGAGCAUACCUUAUAAGAUAGGUAAAUCUAAAGGAAUAAAAAGAAAAUCGACAUUGAUUAACGAGAAAAAUAUGAUAAUGAGUAAAUUGAAGAAAAUGAAAAAUAAUAUUUGCGGUCAUUGGGAUAUAUCGGAUUACUUUGUACCGGUCAAUAGUAAUCAAAAUAAAAUGAAUAAUUCGUGUAAUGAAGAAAUUGAUAAGUCGAUAUUAAACGAUAAAAGUGACGUAAUACCUGAUAAAAAAAUAAUGUUAACUCCUGAAUUAGGUAAAUCAAUGAGUUCAAAAGAAAACACGGAAAAACAAAAUAAAUUGAUCAAUGAAUUAGGACAGAAGAAACGCGUGAAAAUCGUUUUACAACGUAACACUGCUCAACACACGUCAGAUUAUAUUCAACAAGUUAAACAAAGUCCAGCGAUUCCUUUCGAUGCUAAUAAAAAACCACCGGUUGGUGUUUUGAAAGCUAGCCCAAUACCAAGUCCAAUUAAUCCAUUUUAUAAAAAGAAAUAUAAAACGAUAAAUAAAUAAUGCAAUUUAAGUUAUAAGUAAAUAAUGCAAUUAAGCGAUAUGUGAAUUUAGGGAAAAAGAACAAAACAAAACUACAACAACAACAACAACAACAAAUUGAUUAUUUG